AUGGAGCUCAAGGUCUGGGUGGACGGAGUUCAAAGGGUCGUGUGUGGGGUCACUGAGGCGACCACCUGCCAGGAUGUUGUUAUUGCUCUGGCUCAGGCUAUAGGUCGGACUGGAAGAUACACGCUGGUAGAAAAGUGGCGGGACACAGAGCGUCAUCUAGCUCCUCAUGAGAGUCCAGUUGCUUCUCUCAAUACGUGGGGUCAAUAUGCAGGUGAUGUCCAGCUGAUUUUGCUUCGUACAGGUCCUUCCCUGACUGAGCGCCCCCCUUCGGAAGGGCCCCCUCUGAGGGGGCCUGAACGUGGCUUUCAUAGGCAGAGCCUCCCUCCACUCGCAAAGCUUCAUCAUCCCAAUGAUCGCUCCCUAUGUCGCCGUGAGCCUCGGCGAAAGUCUCUCACCUUUACAGGCGCGCCACGAGGUCUGAGGGAGAUCCUGAGCGGCGGGCGGACAAGUGAAGCUGAGGCCAAGAGGAGACUUCAUCUUACACACCAUGCUGGAGGAGCCACUGGGAGUACAUCCCAUGGCCUAUGGGCCUGUCGAAUGGAGGAUCUGGUUCGACUGGUUGGCAUUCAGAGAGAAACGCUCAGUGUGCUGCAAAAGAAACUAGAGGUUUAUGAAGUUGAGCUCCAGGCCUGGGAAGAGGUUCGCGCAGGACGAGAUCCUGUCUGCUGCGGGGACUCUGGUGGGGGUCUGAUAGAGGAGAUCUUGAGACUGGAGAAUCACCUGAGGAAGACUGAGGUGGAGAUGGAGGAGGAGGAGUUUUGGACCACUGAGCUGCAGAUCGAGCUGGAGAGUGAGAGGCAGCUAGAAGAGAGACUGGAGGAGCUGCGUGGUCGUCUCCAGAGUUGCGAAAAGGAGAUUGAAGAGAAACUAGCAAUAGUGCAGAGAGUAGAAAUUGGUUUGGAGGAGAUGCGGCUACAGAGAGAGCGUCAGGAGACCGAGUGGCUAAAUGAGGCAGAGGUUCGAGCUCAGGUACUCAGAGUCAAAGCAGAGCUGAAAGCACAAGAAAAACAAGCAGUACAGAUGGAGAGCAGCUGCAGAGCUGUGGACAGGUCACUUGGACAAAGCACCAGGAAGCUGCAGGAUAUGCAGCACGAGCUGGAACAGGUAACCAAGGAGCUCAGGCAGGUGAACCUGCAGCAGUUCAUCAAGCAAACUGGCACCAAGGUCACAGUGCUGCCGGCCGAACCUGCAGAGGACGAAAGUACAAGUGGCAAUCGUGUUCUAGAAUUGAUUCCACUAACCGGCUCCCUGAAGCGACCCGUGUCCCUGCAACCAUUGUCCGGUCAUCUACGGGUUUUAAAAAGUCCUUUCAGCUCCAGUCUGAAUCCAGAGGGUAUCUAUGUUUGA